AUGGCAUCCUUCUCGAUCCUCCUCCUCCUCCUCACUUUCAUUCUCGUUCUUCUCCUGCUCUUGCUCCCUCUUCUCUUCCCUUCUCGCUUUUUCUCUGCUCAGAUCCCACCUCUCUCUCGAUGCAUUUAUAUGAAGGACUACAGGCAUGCUAGUCAACAGCACAAGAUUGAGACAGGGCUCUCAGGGUUUUCAAAGGAAGAGCUGGCGGUGGAGCGAGUCACGUGCGUGGCUCUCUCGGAUGACCUCGAGAUAUUUGCAGCUGGAGGGUCUUGCGGGAGCUUGAGAGUUUGGAGGAUAGAGGAAGGAGAAGGGGGCGAGGCUUCAGUCGCCGACCAUGUCGAGCUGGCGGGGGAGCAGGAGGACGAGAGCGACAUUCUCUGCCUCCGAUGUCAAUCUUGUGCCGAUCGAUUCUGGUGGAUCUCAGCUGGAGACUCUCUGGGGCGUGUCCAUACAUGGCGAGUGGAAGUCGAUGGGGCGGGCAGGUUGGCGGUGGUUCACCAGUGGAAGGAGCAGACGCAUGAGGGAGCAGUACUGAGCAUGCACCUCUACGCGGGGACAGCAGUCUCAGGCAGCAGUACAGGAACCGUCGCUGUCGCCUCGCUCGAGACAGGAGGGCUGCUCGCCUCCUUCCAGGCCUUCGAUUCCUCCGUGGGUGUCACAGCCUUGACUGCUCGUCGGAAAAUCAUUGUGAGUGGGAGCUCUGAGGGUGAUGUGGUUCUCUGGGACUUCUCGAACAAAAUCUUAACUCUUCCUGGGAGCUGAACUGAGUUGGAGGCUUGAAGAUCUUUCAAGGCUUCCUGCAUUAGCAAUAAAAUGAAGAAUGCUCUGC